CUGAAGAUAUUCAUAGGUCAGAAAACACUGCAGUAAUGGAUUCCGUUGAUUUCUCUAAACUCUUGUUUCUCCAGGCUGGAGAGCAUCUGCUGGACAGUGAUGGCUUUCUGAAGCCGAGCUGUCCCAGCUCCGACUCUGGUUAUUACAGUGCCUGUAGUAGCCUGUCACCUGCCUCCUCCAUUGACUCCUUCUGCCUCUCUCCCCCUUGUUUACAGUGGGGAGGUGGUCAGGAGAAGGACGAUUCCAACGCUUCAGGCUGCAUCAGCCAUGUUGCCAAAAGAAAGAGGAUAGAAAAACUCCCAGCUCAGGAGAAGAGGUCUAGGUCCAAGUUCCCUGGGAAGAAGCGGGAAAGCGCCAGCGAGAGGGAGAAGCUGAGGAUGAGAGACCUGACCAAAGCCCUCAACCACCUCAGGACCUACCUGCCCCCGUCUGUGGCUCCGGCUGGACAGACUCUGACCAAGAUCGAGACCCUGCGCCUCACCAUCAGGUACAUCUCCCACCUUUCAGCCCAGCUAGAGCUCAGCGAGAAGGAGCCAUGUCUGAAAAGAGAGAUGGAAACCACACCACGCCAGUAUAUGCCACAAUGCCCUCAGGGAAGCUCCAUGUCUGGACAAUGGUAUCAGGAGAGACUACAGGGGAACAUCCAGAGCAAUGAUCAAUACUGUCUGCCACUGGUCACAUCAUGUACCAACAACACAGAGCCACAACCAGACUACCUGACGUCAGCAGUCUCCUAUCAGGACAUGACCUUAUAUCCGGUAAAUAUGCCUCUAUAUCACCUCUAUAAUAGUGUCUGUAAUCUUCUUAUUGAUAUUAUCCAAUAG